AUGCUUAUUCGACAAGUGACAAGGCCGAUGGCGAUCGCUUUGGCAAGGAUUUCGGAGGGCCCGCCCGCCACCCCGCGGGGACAGGGGCCGCUUUUUUUUCCAGCCACCACCGAAGGGCAAGCGGAGUCAGACCGUGAGAGCGGCGCUAGUUCGCCGGAGGGUGCGCGGGCGCACGCCGACCAGCGCUCGCCGUCCCCGCGCUCGAGAACGCCGCACCAGCACAUGAAUGGCUCCAUGGCAUCGAUGUUCCAAAAUCUUCAAAACCUGGCGAACAUGCAGCAGAGCAUGCCGCUGUCGCAGCAACAAAUGUCGCAACAAAUGUCACAACAAAUGUCGCAGCUGGCUGCCAACCUGCAGGGUCUCACCUCAAUGCCAUCAAACCCCGUCAUCAAUUCGCCUCUCAACCUGAGUGUCAGUGCCCCAGGCAUGGGAUCUCCAACCCCAGUUAACAGCAGUAUGCUGCCGCCGGCUAUGCCUUCACCUAUGCCGCAGCUCAUCCUAGCUUCAGGACAACUUGUACAGGGCAUACAGGGGGCACAACUGCUGAUACCUACCUCUCAAGGUAUCGCGACACAAACAAUCCUCACCAUACCCGUAAAUCAUGUGAACUCCAACGAUCAAAUGGUGAAUCUCGCCCUGAACAAUGGACAAGUGGUGUCCACAUCUCUGGCCAAUCUCCAAGCGAUGGCCCAACCCCACCAACUACUGAACUCCAACCCGCAACAAUCGUCCAACAUUCGGCCCAAUAUGCUAAACCCAACACUAUCGAACGCGCUCCUCAAUCCAGGACUGCCAAACUUUUUAUCCAACGGAGCGACAAAUGCCCAAGAACUGCUACAAGCAUUACAACAGCCGCAAGGGAAUCACAAUCUUCUACAGACAGUUCAACAAAACAAUAUGCCACAACAAAUGCAAGGCCGAAGAUCGUCCUCCCCACGACCUGACAGACAUUACAAGGAGAGGGAAAACUUCGAGCGGUUCGCAGGAGGUUCCAGGGAAAGGAACGAAAGAGAAAACUCGGGAGCGGCAGCCCUGAAUAGUAUUAAUAGGCUCGCAGCAUCCAACGGCGAGAUCACCAUAACAACGUCCCAUUCGACAGCGGGUACAACAAGCAGCGCGGGUAGUGUUGGCAGUGCGCCUACAGCAUCACCUCACGCUCCAGUCAAGCUCUCACCAAGCUCUGUGAAGUCACCAGCACAUGAUGAGGACCUGUUGGCUGAUUCACCUAAUCAACCAACUAUCAGUCAGUCGACGGGCAACGUUGUUGAUGGAAUCAAUCUAGAAGACAUCAAGGAGUUUGCGAAGGCAUUCAAGUUACGACGACUAGGCCUAGGCCUGACGCAGACCCAGGUCGGACAGGCCCUUUCCGUCACCGAAGGCCCCGCUUACAGUCAGAGCGCUAUCUGCAGUGCCCUGGCUUCGCAGAUGCUAGCAGCUCAGCUGUCUUCACAGCAACAAAACAUAUUUGAGAAAUUGGAUAUAACUCCAAAAAGUGCGCAGAAAAUCAAACCGGUGCUUGAACGUUGGAUGAAGGAAGCCGAAGAGAGGUCUAUUUUUCACAGGUACGCGUCCGGUCAGAACCAUCUAACGGAUUUCAUAGGCAUGGAGCCUAGCAAGAAACGCAAACGACGGACGUCCUUCACGCCGCAGGCUCUGGAACUACUCAACGCUCACUUCGAACGAAACACGCACCCAUCUGGAACAGAAAUCACCGGCCUGGCUCACCAGCUCGGCUACGAGCGGGAGGUCAUCAGAAUAUGGUUCUGCAACAAACGACAGGCUUUAAAAAACACCGUGCGAAUGAUGUCCAAAGGGAUGGUCUAA